AUGGACACUGAGCCUGAACCGACGGAACCGGAUUGGCCGGUGGGCCCGCUGCUGUCAGACCGCAUGUCGGUUCUGUGCCUCAAGGCCGAGUACGUGGGGAAUGCGAACGUUAACUUCAUGCACGGCAUCGAGUCGCUGAACGCGCGUUACGAGGCACUUCGUCGCGUGCGCGGAGACGGCAACUGCUUCUUUCGGGGGUUCAUUUUCGCGCUGUGUGAGCGGCUGCUUUCGUCUGGAGGCGCUGGAGGCGAGGACACCAAUGCGGCGCUACGUAGUCGCAUCCAGGAGAAAAUUCAAACGAGCAAAAGUGAGCUGGUCGCUAUCGGAUAUAGCGACGUAGCCAUCGACGCCUUUUGGGAGACGUUCGUGGACUAUUUGGCAGCCAUGGAGACACGCUCCCACGCGGAGCUGGUACAGGAUUUUCAGACAGAAGGAGGAGAGUCUGAGUACCUGGUCUGGUACAUGAGACUACUCACUGCUGGCUACAUGAAGAAGAACGCAGAGACCUUCCAGCCAUUUAUUGACGGCCUGUAUCCAGGUCAAACGGUGGCACAGUUCUGUGCUGCAGAGGUGGAGCCCAUGGGGAAGGAAUCGAGUAUCUAG